AUGACUCCCUCUCUUGGUCCAUCGAUCGAGGGCACGGUUUAUCUUUCUGAGCCUCUUCCCGAUCUUCAGUCUUUAUUUGAAACCCAUGGUGAACAGCCCAUUAGAGAUGACCUGCACGGUCCAAAUGGGAAAGAUCCUUUGACAACGACUCUCAUUGAGCAAGAAGGCCAACCGAUUCCUAAAUUUGCAGAUCGUCUUUCGCACAGAAUCUCUCUGGCAUUCGGCCAGCCCACUGUUAUUCGCCGUACGAAUCCUUGCGCGAGACCCAAUAUUCUUCGCUCAGUGUCACCCGCUCCAGAUGAGUUGAGCAACCAGGUCGACGGAGCUAACGAUAGCUCAGAUCCUUCUUCUACCCUAGGUAGCAAUUCUUCCCCCCGUGGUGAACAGUCCACUCCCCCGACAUCAGGGGUGCCAUCUCCUUUGUCAAAUCGAUCCAAAAUAUAUGAUCAGCACGAGACGGCGGUAUCACAUUGGCCUUCUGUCUUUGAUAUAAAUGAGACCGCAAUUACUCCUGAAAAAACAAUCAGCAUCAUACCCUCAGUCAAGACAGUGGAAGCUACCUCGAUAGCAAAGGUGUAUCUGGAACUCUAUUUCAAUUCAAUUUUCCAGAACAAAGAUCUUCGUCAGGAGCGACAACUCGAGUUAGAACAUUAUAUCUACACCUAUGACCUCACGGCAGAGGAGCGAAUGGUGACACGCCAUAAUUGGGUGUUACGCGAAAAUGUUUAUUUGCGACAGUGCCGAGUGCUCAAGUCCAAUCGAUACUGUACUCAAAAUGCAAUCUCUAUUGCUGGAUACAGGUCUAUCAAGGUGCUUGGGAAAGGGAGUUUUGGCGUUGUGCGCUUGGUGCGGCCAGAUCAUCCUGAUUUAAACGGUUCUGGCGACGAAUAUCCUUUGAACCCUGCUGACAGCAAUUCUCCUGCAAAACAAACUCCUUUUGGAGUAUUGAAAUCUGCUAUGGAGGGGGCCAAGAAAGGUCGACGGAGAUACAUGACUGGAGAGAAGAAAGAGGUAUACGCCAUGAAAGUUAUCAAAAAAACGGAGAUGAUCCAGAACUGUCAAGAAGGACACAUUAGAGCCGAGCGGGAUUUUCUUGUGGCAUCUGAGAGCUCUCGUUGGGUUGUUCCUCUGAUCACCAGCUUUCAGGAUGCCAACAAUCUCUAUCUGGUGAUGGAUUACAUGGUUGGUGGAGAUUUCUUGGGACUUCUGAUUCGCAGAGACACACUUCGCGAAGACUGGACACGAUUUUAUGUUGCUGAAAUGAUCCUGUGCAUUGAGGAGGCGCAUAAGCUUUGUUGGAUUCACCGUGAUGUGAAGCCCGACAACUUUCUUAUUUCUGCCUCGGGCCAUCUGAAAAUCUCCGACUUUGGGUUGGCUUUCAAUGGGCAUUGGUCGCAUGAUCAAGCUUACUACAACAGCCAACGAUAUUCCCUAUUGGAGAAGCUCGGUAUCGAGGUUAAGGGUGAUGCCGAGGAUCAGAAGGAGUCUCUCGAGGCGAAUGAUCUUCCGGCUGACGUGCAAUUGUACGCCUUGGAUGAUUACUCAGUUCAGCAGACUCCCUCUUCCGGUCUCUUGGAUUGGCGUGACAACAAAGGAAGACGCAGAUUCGCCAAGAGUGUUGUUGGGACCAGUCAGUAUAUGGCACCCGAGGUUAUUCGGGGCGAAAUGUAUGAUGGGCGAUGUGACUGGUGGAGCUUGGGUAUCAUUCUGUACGAAUGUCUAUAUGGCUGCACCCCAUUUGCAUGCGAGAGCCGGCAUGACACCAAGAUCAAAAUUCUGCAACACGCUCGAACUCUGCAGUUUCCGAUAGACAGGGCAUCUGACAGAAUGGUUUCUCAAGAUGCCCUGGAUCUUAUUACUCGUAUUCUUCAAGAGCGUCAAUACCGUCUAUGCUCCCAGAAAUACCAGGCCAAUGACUUUCUAACCUCUCGGCCCGUUUCAAAUCAGAUGCUGUACUCUAUGGACUCGCGCUAUCGAAACAUCGCCAGCUACUACGUAUAUCCCAACGAUGCAGCGGACAUCAAAGUCCACCCAUUCUUCAGAGGCAUCCGAUGGCAGGAUCUUCACUUGUGCCAGCCACCAAUCAUCCCCAGGGUCAGAAACUGGGAAGAUACUCGGUAUUUUGACGACUCAAAGCUAGCCGCCAAUGCCCCAGGUAAGGCUGAGGCCCGUCAAUCGGAAGACAAUGGAGACACUCUUAGGUCAGACCCAGACGCCAUUACUCCUGCUCAGGGCCCCGAUGAAAAUGUUUCCAUUGAGCCACGAAGCGUCGCUGCUACGCCAGACGCAGUAUCCGAGCAGAUCAAGGACAAUGCAAAGAAGAAGGAAAAGAAGCGGCCUCGCGACAAAAUUCUCCGUGAUCAACAGAUGAGCAAAAACGUUAUGGAGAUCCGCAAGAAAGGCGCUUUCCUGGGGUAUACGUAUCGGCGGCCCAGCGAGAUGGCUUUGGCAUUCAAUACAGAGCGAGGGCGACAACCGCUUGCCAGGGGUCAAUUAUCUGAUCUGUAUGCAUCAUGA